ACAUUUUUAAAUCGUAAAUAAUAAAAUAAAAAUUUAAAAUAGUUUUAAAUUUGAAAAAAUGUAUAUAAUAAGCAUUCCUACUACUUUAAGCAACUGUGGGAAUUUACACUUUAUUUUCACAAUCCAAUGCUUGUGCGAAUUCUUUGUAUUUUAAUAUAAUAAUAUUCUAAAAGAAGACUUUUAAUAUUUUUUCAAUUAAAUAAAUUUAUUUUUUGUUAUAUUAAACGGGGGUUAUGUUACCCUCGACUGGUUUAUUUAAAAGUUAUGUAUGUCCUUAUUACGAUGGGACGGCCGCUACUAGCACACGUAAUGACAUUGAAACGGGGGUCACUGCGGCAGCUACAUGUCAUCGACCCUACUGUCAUUUCAGGCAUGUCCGGAAAGAAGUUGUAGAAAAGCAAGUAAUUGCACCAACAGCAGUAGUGCAACCAGCACCAGAAUAUAAGGCUACACCAAAACUUUUGGCAUUGCCUCUGCCAGAAUUAUCUCUACCAUCGGCGUUGAAAAAGAAAACAAAAUUGGAAUAUCAACCGGAAAAGCCUGCAAUUAACGCAUCACCUUCAAUAAAACGUAAAUCACUUGAUUCUGUGCCGGUGUAUAUUCCAGCACCGACUACGCAGCAACUUGAUGAGAACAGUCAAGGAAGUGCUAAUUUGGAUCUAGAUGAUUGUAAUGAUGAGUUGAACGAACUGACGGGCAUUAUUGAAAAUGAUAAUUCGGAGUUGGCAAAAUUUUCCGACAAUGAUGAAUCGUUGGACUGUAAUAGCAAGGAAAUAAAAAAAGAUGACUCCCUCAAAAAUAAAGAAGAACAAUUAAAGAAAUCCAGCAGCGGCAGUGAAAGUUCAGACAAAGAUAAACACAAACGGAGGGAUUCAUCAACAUCAUCUCAUUCUAGUAGCAGACACAAACACCACAAAUCGUCCUCUAGGUCAAAAGAAACGGCGGACUCGUCGAAAACCAAAAAGGAAGAUGAAAAACAUAAGGAGAGAGAUUCAAAACAACGCGAUAAAGAUCAUAAAUCAUCCUCUUCAAAACAUAAAUCCUCAUCAUCGUCAUCUUCAUCCCGUAAAUCGUCAACAAAGGAUAAAGAUAAUAAGGAAUCAAAAUCAAGGGCAUCCUCUUCAACUUCUUCUGAUAAAAAAUACAACUCUUCAUCUAACUCAUCCUCGAAAGCUUUAUCAUCUUCAAAGGCGUCCUCUUCAUCUUCUUCAAGUAAACAUUCUAGUAGCAAUAAGAAAUCUUCAAAAGAAUCAUCAUCUUCAAAUCUUAUGACUGAAAGUUCUGAUUUAAUAAUGGAAGAUACUUCCGCAAUAUUUGCUACUACAGAAGAGGAUAUUAUGAAAGAAUGUGAAAUGAUUUAUGAUCAAUUGGAACAAGAAUUUGCAUCACUUCAUCAGACUAAUGCAGCUAAUGAAAAUUCAAAAGUAGAAGCAGAAAAAGAAUCAUUGAAACGUAAAGCUUUGGAUGAAGAAGAUGCUUUAAAUGCUCCUAGCAAAAAACGGGUAGCAUAUGAAAAUGCUGAUAAAAAUAAAACUCAUAUGCCAGUUAUUGUACACAAACCAGAUCAUCGAAAGAAUGCUAUGCAGGCUAUUUUUGACCGCCAAGACGCUAUAAAACGCAAGCAUGAAGAGGAGGCUGCUGCAGCAGCAGCUGCAUUAAGGGAGGCUGAGGAAAAAGUUCGUGAGGCAAAUGAAGCCUUACGCAAAGUAAAAGAAAAAACGCUAACACCACUUGUACCAAAAUCCUAUUUAACGCCACCAUCAAAACCCAUAGGCCGCUCAAUGAUAGCCCCAGUGGCAAACAUUAUUGCGCUUGAACGGGCCAAGAAGAAGGUAGAAGAAUUAAGAGCAGAAAAAAGACCUGCAUUUACACCAGCACAAACCAGUAAGGCUGGAUCAAGAGUAGCUCACAAAAUCACAGAAAAAGCUACAGCAACUGAAGCAACUAAACAACCUAAACCACCAGUGCUGGAAGCAAAUUCAACCAAAAUUUCAUUCAACAUACGUAUGCAGUAUUAUGACAUGAUGGUUAAACAUUGCCUCGCCAUGUAUCCAAAUAUAGCUGAUGCUUGGGAAAGGGCUCAGACAGAAGAAUUGGCUGUUUUUAAAAAAUGCAAUACCCCAGUUAUUUAUAAAAGUAGUGCUAUGUUAGCUAUAAAUAAAUUAAGAAAAGAAGCAACAGAUUCUGGCAAUAAACCAUCAAAUGCUAAUAAACUAAUAUCACAUGAAGUGGUAUUAGCGGGUAAAUUAGCAAAUAAUACAUCAUGGAGUGUACAAAAGAAAAUCAAAAAUGAUGCCUCAGCAGGUGGUGAACCAUUUGAUAAAUUGCCAAGCGAUAAAGCAUACGAAAUGGUUUAUGAUUUGCGUUUAACAGGAGAGCAAUUAGUAGCAAAUGGUUAUCCCAGGUCAGGCAUGAAACCAGGCACAGCCAAAAUACAAUGUACGAAACCAAUGCGUAGGCCAAAUGAUACCGAACGCUAUUGCAGUCGUUGUGGUAAGGUUUUCAAUCUACAAAUGUACGAUGAAGUGUGUGUAGAUGAGUGUAAUUAUCAUCCCAAGGGUACUGGUUAUAGAAGAGGGUUUGCUGACAAUCAUCAUCGUUGCUGUCAACAACCAGCUGGUACACCCGGUUGCAGUUAUGCCAAUUAUCAUGUCACUGAUUUUGUUGAUAUGGAUAAUCUUACCGGUUAUGUGACCACUAUUGAUAAGGGCGAAUUGCCAGAUGGGACAGAGUAUGUACCAACAAAAAAGGAUAUUUAUGCUUUAGAUUGUGAAAUGUGUUAUACCACCCAUGGUAUUGAAUUGACACGUGUCACUGUUGUUGAUAUUAAUUCACGAACGGUCUAUGAUGCUUUAGUUAAGCCAGAUAACAAAAUUAUUGAUUAUAAUACUGUUUACUCUGGCAUUACCGAACAAAUGCUGUCGAAAGAAACUCGUACGUUACGUGAUGUUCAAGCAAUAUUAAUGUCCAUGUUUCACUCUAAAACUAUAUUGGUUGGUCAUAGUUUGGAAAGUGAUUUGAAAGCAUUAAAAUUAAUACAUGAUGUAGUAGUUGAUACCUCUGUACUGUUUCCACAUAAAAUGGGUCCACCAAAAAAACGGGCGCUUAAAACUUUAUGCAUAGAAAACUUAAAAAGAAUUAUACAAGAAAAUGAAGCCGGUCAUGACAGUGCCGAAGACGCUGAAGUCUGCAUACAAUUAGUAAAAUUUUACUUACGCAACAAAAUAAGUUGAGAUCUUUUCUCAAUUAUGUAUUUUGUUGUUGUAUAAUUCACAACUUAUUAAAGUUACCAAAUCCAUUAAAUCAAAACUUAAUCAAUGCAACGCAUUGCCUUUCAUAUUUUUGCGAACAAACUUAAAACAAAUUACCUUAAUAUUAAUUAACAAACUAUUUAGAAAUGUGCAUACAUAACUAUUUAAUUUUUAUUUGAAUUUUUUUUAGUUAAUUACAAUUUUUCUUUUGUAUUUUUAGUUAAAACUCCAUUUACAAUUGACAUUUAUUUUUUACAUUAGUUUUUAGUUGUCUUCGUAAUUUAUACGAAUGUCAAAAAGAGAUCUUUAAAAUUAAUUAGAUAAACCAUAAAUGAAUAAAUAAAUAAACAUUAAAAAAUGUUUAAAAUUAUA